GAAAACGCGAGGUCGAGCAGUAAUAAAUGUUGGUUCUUGAAAUAAUUUGUUGCCUUGCUUGUUGUGUUGUGCGGUGCCGGGUAUAACUUGGCUCUUUGAUAUAUUUUUUAAUACAGAUGCGUUGCCUUUUAAACGUCUAAAUGUCUGCACUAAACGAAGAAAUUGUACGCAAUUUUAUUGCAAAUUCCAGCGUACCAUUAGUAUUCCGUGGCUUUGUACAAAAUUGGUCAAUAUGCCAAUGGAGUAUAGAUAAGUGGUGCUCAGUUUUUGGAGAAAAAGAAAUACCGUUCAGAUGUCUGAAAAAGGAUUUUUUGUCAGAUGAACCUUGCUGGGAGAGAAGAUGCUCGGUUAAAUCAAUGACUUUUAAAAGUUUCAUAGAUGGUUCGGCAUCGAGUGACGAAUGGAUGUAUUUUGACUACAAAUAUCUUUAUCAAUGGUUUAAUGGAGACGAUGAACUGUAUAAGGGAGUUUCAUGGGAGCAAUUCGGAUACUCCGACAAGGGUGCUUCAGACGCGACGCUGUGGGUCGGCAGCAGUGGUGCCCACACGCCGGCACACAAAGAUACCUAUGGUGUUAAUAUUGUCACUCAAUUAUAUGGAAAAAAACGCUGGAUUUUAUUCCCACCAGAAACAGGUGGUUUGAAACCCACAAGAGUGCCAUAUGAGGAGUCCAGUGUGUACAGUGAAUUAAACUUCUAUUGCCCUAACAAUUUAGAUGUCUUCAAUGGAUUGACAGGUGGUCGCACAGUAGAGCUGUCAGCUGGAGAUGCCUUGCUGGUACCUAGGGGAUGGUGGCAUUAUGUACAGAAUGUGGACCCUGUGAAUAUUGCACUCAAUAUCUGGUUGCCCCAUGAAAAAGAUGGUUCAGCAAGAGUGUCUGAGGCCCUUAUAAAAAUAUUUGUAGCACAAAUAUGCAAGGAUUUGCCACAAGAAACUGCUAAGCUUCUUGUUAACCCAAAUGAAGACGACAUAGCGGAUACACCGUUGUCUGUGCUAUUUUUACAACUAGACACAGUUGCGAACGCGUAUCUUGACAACCGUCGCAAGCUGCGACGCGCCAAGCGACAGCGCACGUGCGACGACGAGCCCGCGCACACCGUCAGCGAGGAAUACGACCUCAAAACUUUACUAGAAAACAAAGCUAAUAACUUAGAAAUACCAACCAACAUCACUAGUGAAGAACUCGUUAAGUUAAUUAAACAGAAUCUCUCGGAAUACACGAAUAAGGACAGGCCUCUGUGUGACGAUGAAAUCGAUGGCUCCACGACUGCUCUGUGCUUGACCAAAGCGAUUAUCGAUUCGUAUAGCGAUGCGAAUGUUAUCGAUUUGGUUAAGCAGAAUUUGUUUGCUCGCUUGAGCUAAUUUGUAACGAGUAUUCUAUACAGACUGCAGAUAAGACUAUGCUAUAGAUGUUCUAGUCUUAAGUUGAUCUUUUCAUUUUAUUAUAGAAGUAAUUGUAUCGAGGAGUAUACGUACUAAAAAGCAGUAAUGUAUUCAAGAUUUCGCUUAUUUUAAAGAUAUUUAAGAAGUUUAUUUCAUAGACGUCCUAUGAUUUUAUUUAUUUAAGAAUACAACCGCAAAGUCUCUGCCGUAAUAAAUACGCCCAUAUUUGCUAUGUUGAGUGUUAUGCGGUAAACAAAUUAACAUUGACGUUCGCGGUCCUGAAACUGAACAAAUUGAUCGGAUACACGAUAAGCGAAGUUAUUGGCGCAUGAAAUGCGUGUCGGUGAGUGCAAUAGACUUUAUGUAAACAAGAAAUAGGAAGGAAUUUGAAAAGUUGUCUCAAAAAUUAUUUAAUUAUUUAUUGAAAAACAGCUCCGGCACCAUAGGUUGACGGAUAUCACUAGGAGUAUUGUGCGUCAUCAUAUAUUUUUGGAGUGUUAAAUAAACGACUGAUGAGUAAACUCAGUGUUCAUGUAGGAGGAUAAUAGGUAAAUAAUCUGUCAUGCACUGUAAGUAACGUGUUCUGUAUAGGUAUUGGGAAGAACUCGUGGCUAAGUCGAAAGCCGUGCGAAUCGAUCGACCAUCAGCGAAAGCAACGCUUGGCGCGGUCGGUUCGUGCUAUAAAUUGCUGGGUCCCGGCUGCCAUUUGAACAUCUUUUACAGUCGUUAUGGGUAGGUAGAUGAUAGAAAGUCUGACAACCAGUCUUACCAUGGGGUGUCGAGUUUAUGGGUUGAGGAGGUCAGAUAAGCAGCCCCUCUAUGUAAGUUCUAAGUCUAGUACUCAGCUAAAUCUGGUUUGACUGGAAACCGACUCCAACAUAGUUGGGAAAAGGCUAAGCAGUUGAUGAUGUAACGUGUUGGGUAUGUGAUAGGUACCUACAGGUGUUCAAUGCAACUUGAUGUGUUUGACGUGUAAGAACUACUUUACCUACCUACUUGUACUUAAUAUGAAACAAGUGUAUAGUAUUGUGAUAUUAGAAAUGUAAUUCUCGAAUUACAAUCUGUAAGAUUUAUUUCGUAGAAAUAUAAAAUGAAUAUUUUACUGGAA